AUGGACAACAGUAAACGGACUGUGGUCGUCACAGGUUUUGGGCCUUUCGGAGAGCACACAGUCAAUGCCAGCUGGGUUGCAGUACAGGAGUUGAAGAAGCUUGGACUCGGCACUGAAGUUGACUUGGAAGUGUAUGAGGUUCCUGUAGAGUACCAGACAGUGCAGAGUUUAGUACCCUCACUGUGGAAGAAGUAUCAUCCAAUGCUGGUUGUUCAUGUCGGGGUAUCAGGGAUGGCCACCACUGUCACUUUAGAGAAGUGUGGAAGAAAUCAUGGCUACAAGGGCCUGGACAACAGUAGUUUCUGUCCUGAUUCGCAGUGUUGCGUUGUGGGAGGGCCAGACUGUAUUGACUCCGUUAUUGACAUGGAAACGGUCUGCAAAAGGGUAACUGCCUCUGGACUGGGAGUUGCUGUGUCUGUUUCCAAAGACGCUGGAAGGUAUCUGUGUGACUUUACCUAUUACACAUCCCUGUACAUGAGCCAUGGCCGCUCAGCGUUCAUUCACGUGCCUCCUCUUGGGAAGCCGUACAGCGGUGAAGACCUGGGCCGUGCGCUGCAAGCCAUUGUCCAGGAGAUGCUGGAACUUAUUGGUAACGCCAAGGAGAAGAUUCACUGCCAGCAGCACUUCCACUAA